AUGUCUCAGCUCGUGACGCCGUCGAGUCCAUCCAGCCCUGCUGAAACAAUUGCACGGAAAAAUGACGGUGCCAAUACGACCCGACACGGCACACGAUGGAACCAGGCUUGCAGUCUGAGAGCCAUGGAUUCAGAAGCAACCACCGAUGCGACGAUUGACAGACGCUCAACGUGGUUCAACUCCUUAUUUCGCUUCGUCUCCUCGAUCGCACUCUGGUUACAUCAAUGUCCACCUACCUCAUCGAUGCACGAUCUCGCAGUCAAGACUCCAACUCUCAGCACGCCGACAGCGGCGAAGCUUCGUGGCAGCAGCGCCCAACGAAGAUCACACUGGAGCUCUUCUGACCGGCAAGCCUGA